GGUUUCCUUUUCACAACUUCAUAUCCCAUAAUACACGGACAGCUCGUGGAUGAAGUCGUGCUGUUCGAUGCUUCAAACCAGAGGCAGAGGUGCGAAGUGCAGAUCGGUGGGCUCCACUUCAAACAACCUGCAGACCACGACCUUGCUUUGCAGGAGGUCUCUGCAGCGCUUCGUUGCAAUGAUCCCCUUUGACGCAGCAGAGAAGAAGGUUACAGGUGGGGCGUGGUUUGAUAUCUCGCUGAAUUAUCUCCCAGCAGGCUCCAACAAACACCACAAAGACGCGUUUAGCAGCUGUUGUCGUCUGCAACAUUAAAAUGGACCAAAAGUGGAUUCAGAUUCUGGGGAUUCUGGUGUUUUGUCAACAAAUGACUUCAGGAGCUGGUGAAGACAUAACUGCAAAGGAAGGGCAACCGGUUCAAAUCACGUGUAAGCCUGCUGAAGCGGGCUCCAUGAUCGUCUGGUUUCGAGUUCUGGACACAUCUGGCAUGGAAUUCAUUGCGUCUUUCACUAACAAUGGCCUCCUAAAGUCACCUCUAGCCUCCUUUCCCUCCACCUUCAGUUACUCAAGGAUUCGUGAAGAUAUCCUGAUACUGCUGAAAUUCAGCAAAGAUCUGGACAGCGGCGUUUACAGCUGUGCGUCUCUCUUCGGCGGCAAAGAGCUGAAGUUCGGCAACGUGAUCCGGCUGGGUGGAAAAAAAGUCAAAAGCACCGAAGCACCGCGGGCCGCCGCCACCACCACCGAGCAAACCCUAUGCACAACUGCCACGCCAUGCGUUUGUAACAAGAAAGCGGAAACCAGGCCUGAACUGUUUUGUUCUCUGAUCAUACUGGGCCCACUGGCUGGCGGCUGUGGCCUUCUUCUUCUAAUCCUCAUCAUCACCUCCGUGUACUGCCACCAAAUAAGGACACGGAGAUGCCCACACCAUUACAAGAGAAAACCGCGGGUGGUGGCUCCUGGAAAACAAAUGAUGACCAAAAGACCUGUUUAAUCUCAAUGGUGUCAUUUCAUUUCUUUAAGCAGCAGUUAUUUUACAGCAUUGUGUUACUGUUGCAUUCUUUCUUUUUUUCGUCUCAUUUACAGUUUAAUGACAUUUAUGGUGAAUAUUUUGCUAUAUGUAAAAAUAUAAUAAUAUAAGAAGUGUUUAAAGUGGUUCAAGGAUUCAAUGCAUCAAAUACUUUCAAAGAUCUUCACAGUCAACAUCCAGUUUUAACAGUUUAACGUUGUGGUUUAACGGACAAUAACGCAGCGCUGACAUUCAGAUUGAACUCUUUUAAUGAAAUAACAUGAAAUAAAAUAUCUAUUCAGCCAUUCCCCAUAAAUGUUAAUAAUAAUAAUAGAAACCACUGAAGUCCUGAGAAUAUUAGAAGCACUUUUAUUUACGUUUAUUUUGAAAUUUAUGCAAAAAUUGUAUAUAACUAAUUUUGCUUUUGUAUAGAGCCAAUUUUAAACUGUUUUUUUCUCCAGCAUAUUAGUCGCCUUACAUUCAUUUUUGUCCGUAAUUACUGGCCUUUAGUUUUGUGAUUUCAACAUUUUAAAAUAGAAUUUAACUUGCCUUUAGCUUGAAAAAAAUUAAAUAACCAGUUUAAAAAUGUUUUUUCUCUGAUAAUAUGAUUUCCAGCAGGAUAAUUUGAAAUGUUGAAUUUUUUUAAUUACAAUUUUUAUUUAGUAAAGCUUUUUUUUUUUAUUUCUUGCAAUUCAAAUUUCUAUGGUUUCAAAGUCAUGAAGAAUAAAAAGCCACGGAGUGUGGACUGGUAGCUGAAGAGGUGCCAGUUCGCUUCCUUGGCACUGCCGAGGUGCCCUUGAGCAAGGCACCAAACCCCUAAAAUAAAUAAAUAUAUAAACAAAACUGCUCCCUGGGCGCUGUACAGCUGCCCACUGCUCCUAAUAUACUAGGAUGGGCUAAAUGCAGUAGCUAAAUUUAUUUUAGCUAAAGUGCUAUGUACAAUAUAUGACAAUAAAAUUGGAUUUACAUUUACAUUAAUAUGAAACAUUUUUCUUUUUGUAAAAAUGGAUGUAGAAAUUCACCCACUUACAGAGUUUUUGUAACUUGAAAUAUUGUAAAAAAUUAAAUAAAAAUAUAUUAUCACUCAAAGAA